AUGGGUGACGGUGGCGUCCUAAUGGCUGCACUUGUCCUGCUGCUGGCCAUUGUGGCUGUCUGGUGGGCCGUUGGCCACUGGCAGCCGUGGAGGCAGCAGGCAAAGAAGCGACGUAGGUUUAGGCCCAGAGGCCCAUGGAGGAACCGGGCAGCCCCUGCGGCUCCCGGGUUCUCCAGGCCUCGGGCAACUACUCGCAGGCGGCCAGGUGCUCCCGCGUGCCCUCUGGAGAGCUCCUGCAGCUGCGGUCCCUGCAUGGCAGUGGCCAAAGAGCUGCAGGAAGUUAUGACCCAGAUCUGGGCACACAAUGGGACACCUGUGCCGCUCUACUUUGGGAUGUGGCAGGCACUAUGGACACAACUGGAGAAGCUGAUGAAGCGAAGCCACCUGCCCUGCUGUGGCUCGCCCAGCUUCUCCAGAAGCCGCCAUCCCAUCAGGAGGCUGCUCCCACCAAGUUUGGCCAUCGGUGGGAGAGCCUCAACCCUUGCAAGGAUGAGAAGACCCGCCAUCCAUGCAAGAGGUUCAGGCUGUCAGAGGAUGUCCAUCGUGCCAGGAGCCUCUGCUACCUCUGACAGCCUCCAUCUCUCAGAGAGGCUCCGCUUGACCUGUCAGCCUGCAGAAGUUGCAGAGCCCAGGGACAGGUCUCCCAGCUCCCAUGGACCCUUGGACCUUGACAACACGGGCGCAUCCCUGACCACUGACAUGGCCAGGGAAAGCCCACAGGUCCAACUGCUCCUGGGACCCCCUUGCGUGAAGCCUCGGGCUGUAGCCCCGGCCGUCCACACGAGCAGAGUCCAGCCCAGGACGGUGGGGACAGAGACGGUGCCGCCCUGCCCCGCUCCACUCAGGCUCCUGCAGCCGCCUGUGCGCCCUGUCCUGGCCCAGCUGUGCCGCUCGCCAGCCCGACGGCGGAAAGGCUGUGGCCGCUGCCCGGCGCGCAGGAGGAAGCAGCUGGGGAGCGGUGGCUUCGGCACCGUUUUCUCGGGAACCCGACUCUCCGACGGGAGCCCGGUGGCCAUCAAGCGCGUGGCCCGGGACACGGUCCUGCAGUGGGACGAGCUGCCCAACGGCACCUGUGUUCCACUGGAGAUGGUGCUCAUGAAGAAGGUGGGCUUCGGCUGCCAGAGAAUCAUCCAGCUCCUGGACUGGUUCGAGCUUCCCGACAGCUUCGUUCUGGUUCUGGAGCGUCCGGAGCAGUCUCGGGAUCUCUUGCGCGUCCUGGUGGAGCAAGAGUUCCUGAGCGAGGAGGCGGCUCGCUGGCUUUUCUGGCAGGUGCUGGAGGCCGUAUGGCACUGCCCCGCCUGCGGCGGCCUGCACAUCAAGCCAGAGAACCUCCUCGUGAACCCGGAGACUGGUGAGCUGAAGCUCAUCGACUUCGGUUGCGGCACCUUCCUCCAUGAGCGGGCCUACACAGAGUUUGCCGAGUGCCAACAUCUGAUCCAGUGGUGUUUGUCCAAGCACCCCAUGGAUCGGUCAGUGCUGGAGCAGAUCUUCUGUCACCCUUGGGUGUUGGGCAGGCAUUUCUGA